UCCAAUCGCGACUUCACGACAUCCGCACCCAACAAACAGCACCCAGCUUUUCGACUUCGACAGCCAACACAAUGGGAGACGCUGAGAUCAAAGCCUCCAGCUGGAGAUUAGUCGAGGUGGGAAGGAUCGUUCUCAUCGAUGGAGGAUCCCAAGAUGGAAAGCUCGCCACUAUUGUCGAGAUUAUCGACCACAAGCGCGUCCUGAUUGAUGGCCCAUCCACCGACACCAAGACCGCCGUUCCCCGCCAGUCGAUCGCUCUCGCCCGUCUCAUUCUCACACCCCUCGUUCUGGAGAAGCUCCCCCGUGGAUCCCGCUCCGGUACCGUCAAGGCUGCAUGGGAGAAGGCUGGCAUCGAGGCCAAGUGGCAGGAGAGCGCAUGGGCAAAGAAGCGCGCCCAGAAGGAGCGCCGUCGCGCACUCACCGAUUUCGAGCGCUUCAAGGUUCUGAGACUGAGGAAGCAGGCACGUUUCGAGGUCAGGAAGUCGUUGGCCAAGGUCAAGGCAGCUGCGAAAUAAGGGGAUCUUUAUGGCACGGGGAGCGUGAUCAUGAAAUGCAUGGGUUGCUGGGUUCCUUAGCUUAUUCGGAAGCCUUGUAUGCUACGUCAAAGAAGGCAGGCGUCAAAUGCAUAUGAACAUCAAAGACUAUCCGGAACUCAGUCCCAGCAAAGCGG